AUGUGCUCGGGCUUGGCUCUUGGAUUUGCUUUCCCGACGGAUUCAUGGCACUUGAUUUCUGCCUUGUUUCCCGAUAAAAUUGGAGGGCGACCAGCGUGGCUAGCCCUACGAAACUUGCCACGAUCACGUGAUCUAUGCUGUCCAACAUGUUCCGAACCAAUGGCCUUCCUCCUGCAAGUUAAUAAUUCGUGGAUGUUUACAGAUGAACGAGCGGAUUGUUUUCAUCGGUUUUUGUUUAUUUUUAUGUGUCGAAAUGGUCCGUGCCAUGAUGUCGACAAUCCGAUUCCUUUUGUGGUCUUUAGAUCACAGUUGCCGAGAGACAACACUUAUUACAGUUAUGAGCCACCAGCGACGGAAGAACCCACACUGGAUCAGGUGCAGUCUAUGGUAGAAUACGGUACUCUUCCAUUAUGCGGUUGUCUGGGAGAUAAAGUUUGCGCGAAGUGCAAAACAAUUCGUUAUUGUUCCAAGACUCAUCAGAUUAUGCACUGGAAAUCAGAGCACAAAUUAGUAUGCAACCCGGAUUUACCUGUACCUAUCAAGGGUCCCUCGUUUACGCAAAAUGAGUUUCUGCUGCCCGAAUACAAAAUUUGUUCUGAAAUGGCGGAGGACAUUACAAGCAUAGUACCAGAAUCUGACGAAAGUAGUGCAGAGGAACCCGAGGUCGCUGAAGAGGUGUUAGUUGCUCGAAGAUUUUCAGUUUGUCUAUUAUGUUCAGACGACCUUCGUAGAAAGCUUACUUCGUUAACAACUGCGAAUUGUUCGUAA